UUUCCUGAUUUCAUUUCUCGAAACUCGAGAGAGCUCUCUCUAUCUACCCCGAUUAAAGAUGAUAGUAUAAGAUUUUGACAAAAUCUCAGCUCGAAUUCGAUUCAUGAUAAGGUUUAGAUCUCCUCUACCUUUCCCCUUUCUCUUAACUUCGAAAAAUCUCUGGAAGAAGAUCUCAAAACAAGCAGAUCUGAGUUUUGAUUGAGGAGAAACCGAGAAGGAACUAUAAAUUAUGGUUUCAUGGCUAUUCUUUUUGAGUAGUCUACUAGUAUUUGCAAUCACUGUACCUGGUAUUGCUGGUUCUAUACUUAAUUAUGUUGAUGAUAACGGUGCUCAACAACGCAUUUGGGUACGAUUUCUAUGUGUUGAUCGAGAAUUUAAGAAUAAGCAUUGGUCAAUAUUUAAUCCUUCUACUGGUGAAACAAUGUCGUUGGAUGGCAAUUCGAAAAUUGUUGUACCUGAAGAUCGAUAUGGGAUUUAUGCGGUUGAUUGCUUGGAUCCUGACUUGAUUGUUACAUGCAAUUUCGUUUGUUAUUUCCAUACAAUGAUCAUGGAAAUGCUCAAGUGGGGUUUUGAAGAAGGAAAGACACUGUUUGGGUUUGGCUAUGAUUUUUGUCAAAUUAAUAGGGGAAGACGCUGUUGAUGACGAUGGUGAAGUUCCUGAGAUAUCUAAAUGUAUUAUAUGUCUUGCAAUUUUGACUGUUUGGAUCUCAGUCCUCUCUGAGUACCAGGUUGAUUCCAAAGAGUUUGUGGAGGAUAACAUGUCCCAGUACAACGAUGUGGACUACAUGGGGGAUGAUUAUAAAAUGGAUGAUGUAGAAGACGACAUGGAUGAAGAAUAUCACGGUAGAGGUUUGGGUGAUCCCGAGUCUAAUGAGGAUGCAGAUGACUUCCCACACGGAUUGAGAGUAAAGGCAAGGACUUAGGGGUGAAGUUCCCUUGAUUGAGGAUUCUUCCUAGGGUUCCGUAUCAUUUAUCUUAAUUUGAGUGGACUGAAUAUGUGCUUUCGAAUUCAUCCUUCCCUUGGAAUGACCCCUGACUUGAACCUUUGAGGCCUACUGACUCCCGUAAUACCAAUUGGUUUGUCUUUUGAACUCACUCUCUAGUUUUGUUGAAUUUACUGCAUUGAGUUUAAUUACUUGAUAUAUGAUUUUGCUAUGGGUUAAUAAAGAUUUUAUUUGUAUUCUAUGUGUACUAAUAAAAUAACGGAUAUGAGAUAUUACGAGAUGAUUUUAUUUGCAUUCUCCGAUAAUUCUUAAUGUGUACUUAAUUGUACACAUGCCGAUUUAGAAAUUUUUUGAAUUAGAUAACUCUUCUUAUGACCAACAUGUUGAUCUUAAUGUUAUAUCAAAGUUUUUAGUCUAUAAUUAUGAAUUAGAAAAUUUAGUAUUGUUAUUAAGCUCAACUACUAUUGAAGAGUCACUUCCUGUUGGUUAUGUACACAUGUGACAGAAAUUCAUUUGUGCAUAAUAGUCCACUCUAGGACUCUUAAUCAAAUUUUAGUGAACAAUAUUUUUUCAUUUCUUAGAUAUCGAAUCAGUGAUGUUAUGAUUCACUGACUGUUAUGAUAGAAACUACAUGUGUACAUAUUAGUACACUUACAAUAUAAAUGUACAUUCUUGUACACAUGUGAUAGAAUUACAUGUGUACAUAACAGCGCUCCUGUAAUACAAGUUUACAUUAUUGUGCACUUUUUAAUACAGGUGUACAUUGUUGUGCACAUGUGACAAAAAUCACAGGAUGGUGGACAUAUAUCACAUAAGCUUAUGCAUGCAUUAGUUUCUAGUUAGUAUUAGGAUUUUAUGGAGGUAAAUAUAUGUCUGUACUUUAGAAGUUUGUUAAAUAUGAGAUAUUUUAAACAAGAUAUAGAUUCAUUUGUGAGGUGUUUCAGAAAAGACUAAUUAUUGAAGUUUUGUUGUUCUCUUCUGCUUGUUACAUGCAAUAGAUGUUAUUGAUGAUACAGAUCUUCCUCCAAGAUAUGUGAAUAACAUAGGUCUUUCUGCAAGAGUUGGAAGGAUUAAUCUGGACUGGGUCGAUCCUGAUCAGUCAGCUGAAUGAGGCUUUCGUCGUGCAAUGGCCCUUGCUGGUAGUGAAUUUUUAGAGGUUAGAUUUUUUUUUUGUUACCUAUGUAAUAUUUGUAACUUUAGUUUCCACUUCUGCUGAAAAUAUGCUGUCAGCAAGCAAAGGGUUGUACGGCAGAGAAGGAGAGUUUACUUGAUAAACUUGCCCGAACACAAGUGUACAUAUUGGUGCACCUCUGAUACAAGUGUACAUAUUUGUGCACCUGUAAUAAGAUGAGUGCAUGUGGAUUUCACUGCCAUUUCAUCCUAGAAACAAGCCUUUUGUAGGAACUGAGAUGGUGGAUUUCACUGUCAUUCAUAUUCUAGAAAAGCCUAUUUUAUUUUUCUUUGACCAAACCCAAAAUAAACAUACCUAUCAUUUUAAGUAAACUAUAAAUGGCAAAUAUGCCUAUCUUUGUGAAAUAGAUGAGUGGCUAGUUCUAUAAGAGCUUGCAACUAGUAUUAUGAAGGUGUCUUUGUAUUGUGAAGUAUGAUUACUUAAUUUGUUAUGAAGGGGGAAGAAAUAACAUAGACUUUUCCCAUGAUUAGACCGAGUAAUUCAUGUAAAGGUGGCAGGAGAGUUAGAGCUGCAGUUGUUUCUGGGGAUGAAAAUGCUAAAUUAUCAGGUGCAUUUGCGACAUUGGCAGUAGAUAUGCUUCUUACAACUGAUGAUUCUUGUAUGCACAUGGAUGAGCCUGAUUGGGAUACACCAAGGGUGAAGUCGCUUCCGUAGAUGAUGCAAUUGAAGAUAUUCGUCAAGGCAAGGUUGUUCUUUCUUAGCUCUGAUCACUUACUCUGCUUACCCAAAAGUACUAGUGAAACCGUGAAAGUGGGGAUACCCAAAUCUCUUUUUCUUUUCUUUUUUGAGCAGACAGUUGCAUCAUAGCUCGGAACUGGGUUUGAUCUGGCAUGAUGAGUUGUCCAUGAUUUAAUUCAAACUGGUGCACCUUGUCUUGUCUUUGCAUUUUCUGGAUUUUUAUAGCUGUGUACAUGUUUGUACACCGGUGUAAAUUAAGAUAUAAAAAAAAAUUUGAG